AAGAAAAAAAAAAAAAAAAAAGAGACUUUAAGGAGGAGAUAGAGAUAGAUAUUGUCAGAAGACAAUAAUCUUGCCAGAAGCUUCUUUGAAAUCCAAUCUAAACAAGAUUCUCUCUACUUUAUUUAAUUUCUCCUCGUUUCGUUUUAAUUUCAAUUUUCUCCUAUAUACCUUCUAUACAUAUAUAUAUGUGUAUGUAUAUCUAGAGAGAGAGAGAGUAGAGAAAUUAUUAUUUAAUGAAAAUGGGGUUGAGAGAGGUUGGGAAGAAACUGCCAGCAGGAUUCAGAUUCUAUCCAAACGAUGAAGAAUUGGUGUGCCAUUAUCUUUCCAACAAAAUUAUUACUGCCAAUGAUCAUCAUCGACAUCUCCGAAGAGGUUCCCUCACCCUCGUUGACAUCGACCUCCAUCUCUGUGAGCCAUGGCAGCUCCCUGAUGUGGCAAAAAUGAACUCAAACGAGUGGUACUUCUUCAGUUUUCGCGAUAGAAAAUACGCGACGGGGUUUAGAACAAAUAGAGCGACAACAUCCGGCUAUUGGAAGGCCACCGGAAAAGAUCGACCGGUGGUGGACCCGAAGACUCGCGCUGUCGUGGGAAUGAGAAAGACUUUGGUAUUCUACAAGAAUAGGGCUCCUAAUGGCGUCAAGACGGGUUGGAUCAUGCACGAGUUUCGCCUCGAAAACCCUCAUCUCCCGCCUAGGGAAGAUUGGGUACUUUGCCGAGUGUUCUACAAGUCAAGAUCAGGUGUUGGCGAAAAUGGCGAAACAUCGAUGAUCAACAUCAACCCUCGAGAUGAUGAUGAUAUGUUAAACCCUAAUUGCCCUAAUUUGGGGGUUCCUUAUUCUUCCCAAAACAAUAAUCCACUUUCCGGCACUUCAUUCUCCAAUGCCCUAAUAUUCGAUCAAUAUCCGGGUGCAAACCCUAACCCUAAUCCUAGUGCAUCAUCGACGGGGUUAUGGCCCAAAUAUCUUCAUGAAUCUCAUGCCAAAAUCGAAUCUACGGAGACUAAGUGUGAAUACGACGACUAUGGAUUGUUCAUGCUUGACUUCGAUGGAUCCACCAUUCAAGAUGUCAUGGGAUUUGGCGAUGAUCGCAGCUCGGUCCUCGUAUAAUCGCCAAUAAAUGUCGAAAAUCUUCAUUAUGAUAUAUAUGUGUGUGUGAAUAUAUAAUAUAAUAUAUAUAUUUGUGUGUAUGUAUGUAUGUAGCAAUUUGUGAGAAUUAUAUUAGGGCUUAGAGUGCAUGAGUGUGGUCUUUUUCUUUUUGUUGUUGGAUUGAAGAAUUGCUUGCUUUGUAGUUAAAUCAAAUUGUUGGAUUUGGGAUUGCAUUG